CUGCGCUGGUGAAGGAAAGCGUGCGUCGCGCUGUCGAAAAGAAGGAGCAACAUUGAUAUAUCUAUUAAAAAACUGAAAAGUUUGUGUUUAUUUUGCUAUAUUUGGUUAUUUGAGACAACAUGGAUGAUGAGGAGGAAACUUACAGGCUGUGGAAGAUCCGUAAAACCAUCAUGCAGCUGUGCCAUGAUCGAGGCUAUCUGGUGACACAAGACGAGUUGGAUCAGACCCUGGAUGAGUUCAAGAGUCAGUUUGGAGACAAACCCAGCGAAGGCCGUCCCAGACGCACUGACCUUACUGUCCUAGUGGCACAUAAUGAUGAUCCCACAGACCAGAUGUUUGUUUUCUUUCCUGAGGAACCAAAGGUGGGGAUUAAAACGAUCAAAAUGUACUGCCAGAGGAUGCAGGAAGAGAACAUCACUAGAGCCAUUAUUGUUGUUCAAAUGGGCAUGACGCCGUCAGCCAAGCAGUCUCUGGUGGACAUGGCACCCAAGUACAUACUGGAGCAGUUUCUGCAGCAGGAGCUGCUUAUAAACAUCACUGAACACGAGCUUGUUCCUGAACACAUCGUCAUGACAAAAGAGGAAGUGACCGAACUUCUGGCAAGAUAUAAAUUAAAGGAGAGCCAGUUACCAAGGAUACAGGCUGGAGACCCUGUGGCUCGCUACUUUGGACUAAAGAGAGGACAGGUUGUUAAAAUCAUCAGACCCAGUGAAACAGCAGGAAGGUACAUCACCUACAGGCUGGUCCAGUGACGGAAAGAUCACCUGACUCGACUUUCAGAGACCAUGAAGUCCAUUUUUUACUUGUGUGGAAAAUCUUUGCUUUUUAACUUCAAGAUUCCAUUAUUUACUGUUUUUCUUUUUGUAAAAUAAAGUCAAAAUUUAACCUGA